UGGCAGUGGAGUGCUUCCGGGUUUAAAAUACACGUACACCGAAUUUUCUCCUUCAUUUCACCAUAUGUUUCUGCAUCAAACUCACCGAUUCACUCGUAUUUAGUUAUUCGAAGUCGUUUAUUUUAUACAGCAAAAUGAAAGUGGAGAAAAUGGAUCUUGUGAUAGUUGUCGGGAUUGUUUUGGCGAUUGUUCCCGCGAUUGUAUGUCCACCGGUCAACCCCAACAAAAUUGAAGCAAAAGUGAAGGAUGCAAAGGAGGCACCGGCAGAGGAUGAUGGCCUUCAAUUAGAAUACGAUCGCUACCUUAGAGAGAUCAUGGAUCAUCUACAUGACGAUGUAGGAUUUAAAAAAUCUAUUGAGGAGUAUCAGAAAAAUCAUAACGGGUCUGAACCGGAGAGAAACGACAUAUCGCGCCACCUGGAGUUCGUCAGCCACAGCGUCCGCACAAAACUCGACGAGAUCAAACGCAGAGAAAUCGACAGAAUCAAAUCGCUGAUGAAAGAACGCGUCCGUCAACAACAGGGUAUGAAAACUAAAUUAAAAGAUUUCCAACCGAAAUUUCCAAAGAGGCGUAACCUUGGUCCUAUAGGUAAAGAUGUGGACUGGAAAAGUAUCAUGCCAGGAAUGGAUCAUUUGGAUAUCAAGAAUCCCGAAGCAUUUGACGUGACAGAUCUUGACAAACUUAUCCAUCAGGCGACCAGAGAUUUAGAGGACAUCGACAAGAAGCGUCGCGAAGAGUUCAAGCAGUACGAACUCCAAAAAGAACAUGAGCGGCGCGAAAAGUUAAGUAAAAUGGACGCCGAACAUAAGAAAAAAGCCGAGGAAGAAUACGUCGAUCAGAAGAAGAAGCACAAAGAACAUCCUAAACUACACGAACCUGGUAGUAAAGCUCAGCUGGAGGAGGUAUGGGAGAAGGAAGAUCAUCUAGAUAAAGGCGACUUCAACCCCAGGUCGUUCUUUGCCCUCCACGAUACUAACAACGAUGGCUUCCUCACAGCUGAUGAGGUGGAAGCACUCUUUAACGUUGAGCUCCAAAAACUUUACGAAGAAGGUCACCCCGAGGAUGACAUGGUUGAGAAGUUCGAGGAGAUGAACCGAAUGCGAGAGAAGGUGUACAAGGAGAUUGAUGCCAACCAAGACGGUGCUAUAUCACUCGAGGAAUUCAUGAACAGUACGAAAAAGAAAGAUUUUGAUCAUGAUGAUGGAUGGAAGCCAUUGGAUGAGCAGGAACCUUUCAGUGAAGAUGAAUUGAAACAAUAUGAGACGCAUUUGAAGGAUGAGGGAGAAGGAGAAGUCACUGAACAAGAACAGCAUGCUCCCAAAGCGGCCGGUGUUGUCCAGAUGGACCAGAAGGUGGCUUCAAAGCUGGCUGAGAAUGCCGCUGCUCCUCCUCCAACUCAAAAAUAAAUCUCAAUAGUUUGAAAUCUGGAUCCUGCUGGUACCGGGUAACAUUGGUUUAUACCAAACAUCAAGGACCAAGAAAAAAACACACAGACUUUAAAAAUCGGUGCUUUUAAAAGUUGUGAGGAUCCGAUUAGGCAUAGGAAUGUAUCUUAACCACUUCGUUAUGGGCCAGUCAGUGCGUUAUGACAUUUGCUACAGCGAUCUAAGAUGCGAUUGCACUACGCGAUGCAUUGCAACAUGCAUUUGACUGCAUAGCGUAUUGAUUUCAUUUUGCUGCAAUUACGAGUUUUCUUGUAAAGCGAUCGUCAUGACACACUGAACUAUAAUACUGGUCUGUCAUAGCAAAAUGGUUGAGCUGGUCAUUGGACUUUUCAAUGCUGUGAAAUUUUUUUCUCAAGGGAAUAUUUUUUUUUUUAAGAGCUUUUGGCCGCUUUUAGUUAGCCUGCUAGAUGUCACCAUAGGCAUAACCUAGCUUGCGGCUAGGCGUUCUAUGCUGAAAUUCGUUGUCAAAUUAUGCCUCAUCGUGAUUUAGUACCCCGCAAACAAGCCAUUUAAAUUGCUGGGACCUGUGAUCAUAAUCACAUGCGACAAAAAAUUGCUUUCAGUUCAUUGUAGUGAUGUUAUAUCAUCACAGCACACUUUGUAUCUCCUUGAAUAAUAAUGUGCUUUGUUGUUUCCUUUAAUAAAGAGAAUCUUUGUUUCAAAAGAGUUCCGCUCGUUAAGCCGGGCCGCCCACUUCGUUGGGUGAAUGGGUUAGCAUGCGUGUACCACUUUUAUUGGGGAACGAUGUCGUUUUUAGCAUGACAAAAAUCAUCCGAAAAACUUGAAAAGGGGGACUUUAGAGAAUCCAAUGUUAAUUCCUUAAAUACUGUAAGCAGGGGGUACAAAUUCAUUCUUGGGCCAAUGGGGUCUAGAUUCCCGCCUUGGAGCACCUCCUGAUAAAGUCUGCCAUGACAUGCACCACACGACUUAGUACUUCUUAGUUUUAUUCAAUCCCAGCUUUUUUUUCCACCGUGUACUAGGGGAGGUCGCAUUCACAGUCUUAAGGCUACGGAUUUCAUGGAAUUUAUCCAAAUUGUAUUACCUGGUACUGCCAAGAAUGGUUGAAUGUUUUUAAGAAAAAGCAUCAAAAACGAAAUAACUUUCUCACCUUUGAGUGCUCGAGCUUCACGAAAGCAAGUUAGAAAAUUGAAACUGAAACUUUUAAUUCAACAAACUUUGCAUGCUAUGUACCUAUUUAUUUCCCAUAUAAUCUAGAUUAUUUUUGAGACAGUCAAAACAUUCCUCAGUUACCUUUUUGUUGCAUGAAGACUAGCAUGCAGACGUUUUUUAAAAAGUACUCCAAAUUAUGUUUAGGUAUCCAUAAUAACCGUUGUCUUCGGUGUAUAGUAGUAAAAACAUAAAAAAAACCAGGUUAUAACCAAAGAGACUCAACCAGAUAUAAUUUGACAUGUAGAAGCCCUUUACCUUUGGCAGUCGUGUGACUCUGCCAAACUGUGGCAUAAACUGUUGAAAUUUGUGAUGGCCUUUGACUUUUUGUUGGGAUACUGCUAUACCUAUCUAUUGAAGAAACUACCACUGAAAUACAAGCUCAUUUGCUGCCAACAGACCUAGUUUAAAAUGCAACAGGGAAACAUUUCUUUAGUUCUUAAUAAUAUCUGCACCUAAUAAUUUACUUUUAAGCACUUCAUUUCAAAAGUUUCUUGGCCCUGUUUUUAAUUGAGGACUUUGAAUCGGCAGGGGUGGAUCCAGGAGCCAGAUAAAGAGGAGGCAUGCACUGCAUUUCUCAUCAACAUUUCUGAUGUGUUCCAAAGGUUUCUUGGUCAACUUCAGAUUUUUUUUAGGGUGGGGGUGUGCGUCUGGUGCAUCAGUGCUGUAGAUUCCUGUGUGCAAUCACUGCCUUUCCCUGUGUAGAACACUGGAUGCACAACAUGCAUGAAGUACAUGUAUUAUUAACUAAUUGUACAUAGCACAUGGUACAGGGUGAGCCGUAAAAUGUAAAUUUGUUGCCAUAUCAAGAACUGUUAUCUAAUCCCUUGUCAAGGUCAUUGAGAUUUAUGAUUUAGGUUCUCACUGUUUCCUACAUCUUCAGCAAAUCACAAUGAUGCUGAAAAAAGUAUCGAUUCGCAAUUUAUUGUUUGGGGAAUUAUGUGGAACAAUCUGAUUGACUAAAUGACAAGCACUUUGGGUUUUCAUGAGGUGGUGGGUUUUUCCCUCGCGGUGGAAUUUCCUGCAUGUAAAAAUUGAUGCUCUGUUUUACGUUUCAUGGAAUUAUAUAGUACCGUAAGAGUUUAAAUUGGACUUCCUCUAAACGCUAUUUUGAAGGAACAAAAUGAGAUGACUAUGGUAAAAUGAACCCGGAUCUGAAUACUAAAGUAUUUCAUUGUAAAACCUGGCCAAUCCAAUUGAAAAUCAAGUUAAAACAUGUGUUUUAAAUACAAAAACCAUUAGAGUCUUAGCAGGAAUGAUGCAUUUACUCGAAAAGAUUUUGGCUCCUGUAAACCAGUGUAUUGAGGUUCUGAUUAGUCAUGUUGCUCACUGCCUGUCUUGAUGUGAUCCACGAGAGGCACGAGCAGCAGAUGGGACCCUAAAGUACCCACGGUUAUUGUUUAAUCCAGCUUCCUUAUGUAGUGUGCAUGAUCAGCGGGGUAUGUCUACGUUUCUGAUAUCUUGGCUUGGGUUUUCCUGAGAGGUUGAGGGAUAAACGUGUUGAACAUUCUGGUUUGUCAGUCCUGCCCCAGAAUCAUCAGCAGAAAAACUUUACAAGACCCAGCCAAGACUGAGAGAGAUAUUUCAUUAGGUGAACAUGGGUAGUUGUUGUUAGUUUAAUUUAUUGUCAUCUAAUAAAAUAGGGAUAUUUUAA